GGAAACAACCCCCAACAGUGAGCGCGGCGGCGGUCGCGGGAGCCGGGCCCACCGUCACGGUUGUGAGAGGAACGACCCGGAGCCCCGCAGAAGACACGCCAGGGCAUCCGCCUUCCUCCGCCUCGGAGCGGCGGGACUCGGAGAGUUGGAGGGCUAUCCAGUGUAUCAAUGCCUUAUUGAUAAUGGCAGAACACCCGCCAUUGCUAGACACAGCUCAGAUUUUAAGUAGUGACAUCUCUCUUCUGUCUGCCCCCAUUGUAAGUGCGGAUGGAACACAACAGGUUAUCCUGGUCCAAGUUAACCCAGGGGAAGCAUUUACAAUAAGAAGAGAAGAUGGGCAGUUUCAGUGCAUCACAGGUCCUGCUCAGGUUCCAAUGAUGUCCCCAAAUGGUUCCGUGCCUCCCAUUUAUGUGCCUCCUGGAUAUGCUCCACAGGUUAUUGAGGACAAUGGUGUUCGAAGAGUUGUUGUGGUUCCGCAGUCACCAGAGUUUCAUCCUGGUGGCCACACAGUUAUCCACCGCUCCCCACAUCCUCCUCUGCCAGGUUUCAUUCCUGUCCCAACCAUGAUGCCCCCUCCACCGCGCCAUAUGUACUCCCCAGUGACGGGAGCUGGUGAUAUGGCAACACAGUAUAUGCCACAGUAUCAGUCUUCACAAGUAUAUGCAGAUGUAGAUGCCCACUCUACACAUGGCAGGUCCAACUUCAGAGAUGAAAGAUCUAGUAAAACAUAUGAGCGCUUGCAGAAAAAAUUGAAAGAUCGUCAGGGAACACAGAAGGAUAAAAUGAGCAGCCCUCCACCCUCACCCCAGAAGUGCCCUUCUCCCAUAAGCGAACACAAUGGACUCAUAAAAGGACAGAGUGCCAGUGGUGUGAACACAGGAUCAGCAAGAAACAAAUCGGGUCGAGGAAGAGGUGGUACACAAGUAGAUGCAGAAAUAGAAGAAAAAGAUGAAGAGACUAAAGCAUUUGAAGCAUUUCUUUCCAACAUUGCCAAACCAGUGGCCUCAGACAUUCAAGCAAGGACGGUUCUGCUUACCUGGUCACCCCCUUCCAACCUCAUUAAUGGCGAAGGGAAUGAGACAACUGUACCAGAGCUCUGCAGUUACGAAAUCCUGGUGUCGAGCACUGGGAAGGAAGGGAAAUACAGAAGUGUUUAUGUAGGAGAAGAAAUGAGUGUCACUUUGAAUGACCUGAAACCAGCCACAGAUUACCAUGCAAAAGUGCUGGCAGAGUCCAAUUCAAUAAAGGGAAUCCCCUCAGAGGCUGAGAGCUUCACUACUCUGAGCUGUGAGCCUGAUACACCCAAUUCACCGAGGAUAGCCAAUCGGACCAAAAACUCGCUCACCUUGCAGUGGAAGGCACCCAGUGACAACGGUUCUAAAAUCCAAAGCUUUAUUUUAGAGUGGGAUGAGGGGAAAGGAAAUGGAGAAUUCUGUCAGUGUUACAUGGGUUCACAGAAGCAAUUUAAAAUUACCAAACUGUCACCAGCAAUGGGUUGUAAAUUUAGAUUAUCAGCCAAAAAUGACUAUGGUAUAAGUGAUUUUAGUGAAGAGGUCUUAUACUACACUUCAGGCUGUGCCCCCUCUGUACCAGCAAGUCCUGCACUGACCAAGGCUGGAGUCACAUGGCUGUCCCUACAGUGGAGUAAGCCCUCAGGAACACCAUCAGAUGAAGGGAUUUCUUACAUUUUAGAGAUGGAGGAGGAAACAUCAGGGUAUGGUUUUAAGCCUAAAUAUGAUGGAGAAGAUCUUUCUUACACAGUGAAAAAUCUGAGACGUAGUACGAAGUAUAAAUUUAAGGUCAUUGCUUAUAACUCAGAAGGUAAAAGCAACCCAAGCGAAAUAGUGGAAUUUAGUACCUGCCCCGACAAACCAGGAGUGCCUGUGAAGCCCUCAGUUAAAGGGAAGAUACACUCUCAUGGCUUUAAAAUUACUUGGGAUCCACCAAAAGACAAUGGAGGGGCACCCAUCAAUAAGUACGUAGUGGAGAUGGCGGAAGGGCCUAAUGGAAACAAGUGGGAUAUGAUCUACAGUGGAGCUACCAGGGAACAUCUUUGUGACCGACUGAAUCCAGGCUGCUCUUACCGCUUACGGGUUUACUGCAUUAGUGACGGAGGGCAGAGUGCGGUCUCUGAAUCCUUACUUGUGCAGACUCCAGCUGUGCCUCCUGGCCCAUGCCUCCCUCCCAGGUUGCAGGGUAGACCCAAAGCAAAAGAAAUACAGUUACGAUGGGGACCUCCUGUAGUUGACGGUGGAUCACCCAUUUCCUGUUACGCGGUGGAAAUGAGUCCUGCAGAAAAAGAUGAGCCGAGAGACGUCUACCAGGGAUCUGAAGUGGAGUGUACAGUGAACAACCUUCUUCCUGGAAAGACUUACAGCUUCAGACUCCGUGCAGCAAAUAGGAUGGGGUUUGGACCAUUUUCAGAAAAAUACGAUAUCACUACAGCUCCUGGGCCACCAGACCAGUGCAGACCCCCUCAAGUGACAUGCAGAUCUGCAACUUGUGCACAAGUGAACUGGGAGAUUCCUUUGAGUAAUGGGACAGAUGUCACUGAGUACCGGCUGGAAUGGGGAGGAGUUGAAGGAAGUAUGCAGCUGUGUUACUGUGGGCCUGGCCUCAGUUGUGAAUUAAAAGGACUUUCGCCAGCUACUACCUAUUACUGCAGGGUCCAGGCUAUGAGUGCUGUGGGUGCAGGUCCUUUCAGUGAAGUUGUAGCCUGUGUGACUCCACCAUCAGUCCCUGCCAUUGUGACUCGUCUUCAAGAAAUGAAUGAUGAUGACAUAGAAAAUCCCCAUUACUCACCUUCUACCUGCCUUGCAAUUAGCUGGGAAGAGCCUUAUGACCAUGGUUCAGAAAUCCUUGCCUACAGCAUAGACCUUGGAGAUAAGCAGCCCUUGACAGUGGGGAAGACGACAAGCUAUAUCAUAGACAGCUUGCAGCCGGAUACAACAUACAGAAUACGAAUUCAAGCCUUGAAUAGCCUCGGAGCUGGUCCCUUCAGCCAUACGAUUAAAUUAAAAACUAAGCCCCUCCCUCCGGAUCCACCUCGGCUGGAAUGUGUUGCCUUUAACCACCAGAACCUUAAGCUUAAAUGGGGAGAAGGAACCCCGAAGACAUUAUCAACAGAUGCUGUUCAGUACCACCUUCAGAUGGAGGAUAAGAAUGGAAGGUUUGUCUCUGUGUACAGAGGGCCUUGUCAUACCUACAAAGUGCAAAGGCUCAGUGAGUUCACGUCCUACAAGUUCUGCAUUCAAGCUUGUAAUGAAGCAGGGGAAGGUCCUCUCUCCCAAGAGUAUAUUUUCACCACUCCAAAAUCUGUCCCAUCUGCCUUGAAAGCCCCCAAAAUAGAGAAAAUAAAUGAUCACAGUUGUGAAAUUACAUGGGAAUCUUUACAGCCAAUGAAAGGUGACCCAGUUAUUUAUAAUCUUCAAGUCAUGGUGGGGAAAGAUUCAGAAUUCAAACAGAUUUACAAGGGCCCUGAUACUUCAUUCCGGUAUUCCAGCCUUCAGCUGAACUGUGAAUAUCGAUUUCGUGUGUGUGCCAUUCGCCAAUGCCAAGACCAUGUGGGGCACCAGGACCUGGUAGGUCCCUACAGCGCCACAGUGCUCUUCAUCUCCCAGAGGACAGAGCCGCCAGCCAACACCAACAAAGACACUGUGGACGGCGUGCGUAGCCGGCGCACUCUUAGUGACGAGCAGUGUGCUGCUGUCAUCCUGGUGUUGUUUGCUUUUUUUUCCAUUCUGAUUGCCUUUAUCAUUCAGUACUUUGUAAUCAAGUGAAAAUAUAACUUUAUUUUUAACACUGUAUUACAUUUUAUUUUGUCAUGUACUAAAAUUAUUUCUGUAUUGCUUUUACAAAAUGGUGGCAUUUAGCACUGGCAUUGACUAUAUAUUGAAAAAUGGUUUUGGCAUUUUCAGUGCUUAUGUGUAGGGCAAAGGCUGGCACUUCAUGAGAAUUCCGCCACAGAAACAUCAAUUUGGGGAGGGCUUUUUGUUUUGUUAAUUAGUUGGGACUCCCCCCCCCCUUUUUUUCCUCCUCCCUGCACCCUUGGACAUGCCUCUAGUAAGACAAACUUUCUAAAAGGCAAAAUUUAUGAUUGUUUUGACCAGUUAGCAUGAGUGUAACAGUGUUUGUUUCAAUGAUGAUUGCCAUGCAAAAUUUUCAAAUUGACUUAGAAUUUACACUAACAUGCUCUACGAAACUUGUUCAAGUCCGAUGCUGUGAAAGCAAUCUAGUGCUAUAUUUCUACCUCCUCAUUUGUCUUAAUUGUUUGGUAAGUGGGAUUUUGAUGAAUAACUGGAGGGCUUAGCAAAUAAGAACUGGAUGAAGGAAUCUGAGUGAGAAAAAGAAGCUUCCUCUUUGGUGAGUGUGGGGUUCUCCUUACACAUACACGUGAAUUCACAAGUGAGUCCAAGAAAGCACAGACCCAGAAAUACCCACCUUUACUUGAAUAGUUCCUCUUCUUGGGGUUUGAGAACAGAGAACUUUUAAAUAGUAACUGAUUUUGAAGCACAUAAACUGUAUGUGCAUAAGUUCAUACAUGCACAUAAGGGCUGUGUGCAGACUGCCUAGUAAAGAGACACGAGUCCACACUCACCACUUGGUCUAGGCUAGCUUUGAAGGACUCCCAAUGGUUUUUUUUGCAGCAUCUCCUAUAACUACUGCCGUUGCCAUCAGAAUUUCUAAUCAAACUCAACCUUUUUGUUUGGGGUACCAAAUCUGAAGACAAAAUUAAUUUGCACCAGUAAACUUCAAGCUGCUUUCUUUCUUAAGAAACUAAUGUUUAAUGUAUAAUGUCUGUUUGGAUACUGUUCCAAAUUGUUGAUUGCAUGUGGGUACCGUUGCAUUAGAGCACUUUGCAAAUCGCAUAGUUCAUUGAUGUCUUGUGAGCUUGCAUUUGUGAGUUGGUGGAUGGUCAAAUUGAAUUUUGUUGUAUCACAUUGUACAUCUUGCCCUGAUGUCAAUGACUGCCAGUAAUAAUACAGUCUGCAAUGAAUCUAUAUGAAAUUUUUGUUUUAGCGCAUCUGUUAUCUGUAGACAUCUGUAACUAGCUUCUUUAAUUUAUUAUUUGAAUUUUAGAGUAGUGAAUCACUAAUUUUUAGUUGCUGAGGUUUGCAUUUUAGUGGUUACUAAGCACUUCUGUCUGUCAAAAAGAAACAUGUUUUGUGCUUUGAAGAAUUCUGAAGCAUUUCCCUUGUAAUAGAAUGGGCAUGUAUUGUAAUUGUUUUAUGUCAAAUGAUCUGCAUUGUAGAAAAAAAAACAUUAACCUUUGUUCAAAAAAAAAAAAUGGAUAAACUUGGUCUCUCCAAGUGGUAAGAAAACUCUCACUAUAAUAUACUGUAUGUUUACAUUUUAUUUAAUCUCUCAUGAGUAAGGUGAAGACUUGUCCCCCAAACAACCACGAUUACGAUUGUUUUCUAGAAACUUCUUCAAAGUGCCAUAUUUGGCAGUACAAAUGAGUCUUGAGUGUAAGAGCCCAGAGAUUUCUAUAUAGUUGAAUGUCUAAAAUGGUAAAAUGUGCCACACAGUGGCUUAUGUUUUUCAUAGUAAUUCAAAUGAACUCCUAUUUUUGAUAGUAAAUGUCAUUUAAUAGUGUACUCGCCAUUUGAGCCUCACUGCAGUUAGUGCAGAGGAGAAAACAAUUUUUAAUGUAAUCUUGAUUUUACCUCAUAUACUGUACAUUCCAAAAACUCAACUUUUUAAAGAUUAUAGAUACACUACCAAACAUAUCACCUUAAAAUUGUAUAAGGUUGAACUUCAUACAAGUGAAAAAAUAUAAUCUCAUAAGAAUACAUAAAUAUGUAGCAAAAGUAUCUGUAAAAUCCAUGGAAAAUAAAAGUUGUAUCAUUCUUUUUGGA